CUGAAGAAGUGGAGGCCGACAUUUGUGUUCCAAAUAUGAGAUGGAGCUGGUCGUGCGAUUUUUCAGUGUUUAUUUGGUGUUCUCGUGUGCGAACCUGAGCGUUUUCCAGUGCCAGCCGCACAACAUUGUCGACAGUUCAAAGAAUGUGAUCGAAAAAAGUUUCGACAAUGCAACCCGCAACGAGAAACCACGGCUCUUGUUCGAUUACUCCACAAAAGUCGUAGCCUACAAAGACCUGAUAGAAUCAAAAUGUCUGUUAGAGAUCCUUACCAACGAGGAAAGUUUUUUGAGUCAAAAAUCGGCUCAGUUUGAAAGUCGUUCGAACAAUCUGAAACCGGUGAACGUAAGCAAGAAGCUAUCUAAACGAGAGAUAUGGCGAGUCGGUGGAGAACGAAUCUACGACUUCUGUCGAGGAUUCCCGACGUACCUGAUCCAGAACACCGAUUCUCGAAGUACCGAGACAAGUGUCUACAUGCAAAAUGAUGUACCGAUCGUCGAAGAACUAUCAAAAAAGCGACGCAGAAAGAGAUCGACCCGACAUUAUUUCAGUGGCAAAGUUCGAGGUCAAACUCAGUCACAAUAUCUAAACUUCGGAAACAGCAAUGGACAGCCUGGCAAGGCAGAAGCGGAAAGCAGUUUAAACGGAACCAAAGCAGUAGUCAGUGGCACUAGUGGAAUUGGCCAAGCCCAAAGUCAAAGCUCACCGGUAGAUUGCGGAGAAUGUUUCGGUACAGAUUUUCAAGACCAAACUCUUCAAUACGGCCGUGGUGGUACUUAUGUCCCACCAGAUAAAUAUUAUGGAUCCCGGUACCCAGGCAGAAUCGGUGAAACUGAAGAUCUUGGUGAAAUACGAAGACCUGGUGGCAGCGGAGGCGGUACAGGACAACCUGGUUAUCCAGGAGGCCCUGGUCAACCUAGUUAUACUGGAGGAAGAGGUACAGGACAACCUGGUUAUGGAGGGGGAGUCCCAGGACAACCAAGUGCCGCAAUACCUGGACAACCUGGCUAUGGUGGAGGUGCUGCAGGACAACCUGGCUAUGGUGGAGCUGCUGCAGGGCAACCUGGUUAUGGCGAUGGAAGACCUGGACAACCUGGUUAUGGUGCAGGAACACCUGGACAACCUGGCUAUGGUGGAGCUGCAGCAGGGCAACCUGGUUAUGGCGAUGGAAGACCUGGACAACCUGGUUAUGGUGCAGGAACACCUGGACAACCUGGCUAUGGUGGAGCUGUUACAGGGCAACCUGGUUAUGGCGAUGGAAGACCUGGACAACCUGGUUAUGGCGCAGGAACACCUGGACAACCUGUCUAUGGUGGAGCCCCUGCAGGGCAACCUAGUUAUGGCGAUGGAAGAUCUGGACAACCUGGCUAUGGUGGAGCUGCUGCAGGGCAACCUGGUUAUGGCGAUGGAAGACUUGGACAACCUGGUUAUGGCGUAGAAACUCCUGGACAACCUAGUUAUGGCGGAGGAGCGUCAGAACAACCUAGUUAUGGUGGAGGUGCUGCAGGACAACCCGGUUAUGGCGCCGGAACUCCUGGACAACCUACUUAUGGUGGAGGAGCUUCAGGGCAACCUGGUUAUGACGCAAGGGCUUCAGGACCACCUAGUUAUGGCGGAGGUGCUACAGGACAACCUGGUUAUGGUGGUGGAGCAGCUGGAAAACCUGGAUAUGGCGGAGGUAUUGCAGGACAACCUGGAUAUGGUGGAGGCAUUGCAGGAGAAUCUGGUUACGGUGGAGGUCCUGCAGGACAACCUGGAGGUAUAGGACAGCCGGGGUAUCCUGGAGCAUAUGCAGGGCAGCCAGGAUACACUGGUGGAGGUGUAGGACAACCUGGUUAUACAGGAGGAAGCGCAGGGCAGCCUGGCUUUGUUGGUGGUAUACGUGGACCUGGUUAUGUACCAAGUGCAUCUGGUGAGGGAAUUAGCGGAGGAGAUAGAGGAACUUUUGGUGGCCAACUAGACGGACAUUAUCAAAGUCACGCUGGACAAUCUGGACGAUUUGCUGGUACAUUUCAAGGCACUUUUCAAACUGGAAGCGGCGGAAGAUUAUACGGAACGUCAGAUCAAACUGGUAAAGAUAUUACUGGUAAACCUGGUUAUGAGCAUAUACCUGGUGAAUUGUUAAAACCUGGAGUUGGCGGUCAAUAUGGAUCUGGAGUGGGAACUGGACUGCCAGUGGGACCACCAGGUACACUGAGACCAGGUGUUGGUACCCCCGGAUAUCCAGGAGUACCUGGAUCCUACCCAGAAUACGGAAGAGGAGUUACUUAUCCUGGAGGAUACCCGGGUGGAUACCCGGGAACUGUACCCGAAAAUGGUGGAUAUCCAGGCCAACCCGGGGGACGUUAUCCUGGAGGUAGAGGACCCGAGAGUACGACAGGUGGAUAUCCCGGUGCCGGAAGUGGACUAGUACCUGGUGGCCCUGGCACUCAGCCUGGAGUAUCUGGUCCACCAAGUGGCUAUCCUGGAGGACCACAAAGCCCCGAUGUAUAUGGCGGUUAUCCUGGUGGGCAAGAUGGGUAUGCUAAAAUUCCUGGUGGUUAUCCCGGAGCAACAAGUCCAGGUGGGUAUCCUGGAGCAAUCGAUGGACGUCCAGGUGUACCACCUGGAUAUCCCGGAGCACCUGGGGUUCAUCCUGGAGCACCUGGUACUUACCCCGGAUCUCAAGACGGUUAUCCUAGAGCACCUGCCGGACCUGACGGCCGCACUGGCUAUCCUGGAAUCCCUGGUGGCCAAACGGGUUAUCCUGGGGCUUCUGGUGGUUACAUUGGAGCACCUGGUAGUGGAGCUCCCAGUGGUUACCCUGGAGUUUCUGGUGGUUAUCCUGGAGCCCCUGGGGCAUACCCUGGAGCACCUGGCGUAGGCUACACUGGAGCACCUGGCGCAGGCUACCCUGGAGCGCCUAGUGGAUACCCUCAAGGACCUGGUGGUUACCCAGGGGGCCCUGGUACUGGUUAUCCAGGAACUGGAGGAGGAGCCCAAGGGUUAUAUCCAGGACAAGCUGGUGGGGUACCAGGAGCACCAGGACAGUAUGCCGUAGGAGGCCCAGGAACUGGAGAUGGCACUCACGGGUUAUAUCCAGGACAAGCUGGUGGUCCAGGUCAAGGAGUUAUUACACCAGGACAGUACGGCGCUGGAGGUCCAGGAACUGGAACAGGUGGCGCUCAAGGGUUGUAUCCAGGACAAGCAGGAGUUGGAGGAGGUCCAGGAGGUAUACCGCCAGGCCAGUACGUGGCUGGAGGUGCAGGAACUGGGGUAGGAGGGACACAAGGUUUAUAUCCAGGGCAAGCCGGUGCUGGAGGCCAAGGAGUUGUACCACCAGGCCAGUAUGUUGCUGGAGGUGCAGGUAUUGGCGCAGGCCAAUGGAUCGACGGAAAAUGGGUACCAGCCGAAACCACCGACGACGCAGACUCUCAAGUCCAAACAUCAGUUAAACAGACCAGCAACGAAACCAUAGCACAGGCGCAGGCGCACGGCAAAUUCCAAGGCGGUACCUCGCAGUCUCAGGUAUCCGGUACUUAUUCCGGAUCGGGUUCCUUCAGUGCUUCUGCUGGGUCUGACGAUGGUAAACGAGGGGCUUUGACUCAGGUCGCUGGUGGUAAAGAUGGCGCUCAGAGCAGUGCUCAAGGUCGAGGAGGUGCUGGACAGUCUCAGGCGCAGGUGACGUUGGAUUCGGGAACGGGGGAUACGUUGUCUUCGGCUCAGACUUCAGGAGUUCAACACGGAACCCAAACCCAAGUCCGAGCCAGCGAAAAAGGCGGACUAGCCGACGCUCAAGCCAACGGUCCCGGAGCCACAUCGUCCCAAGCUCAAAUCGGAUUCACUCCCUACGACGAGUCCGAAAAAGACACCCAAAAAUCCCCGUUCACCGGCGGUGGUACCGCGGCAGCACAAAGCGGUACCCGAUCCGGCAUGACGCAAACGCAGAUCCAAGGCCACUUCCGGUACGGCAUCAAGUACCAAGGCGCUGCACAGGCUGGAUCCGGAUCUACUGCUAUUAGGAAUCUGACUGAGCCCAGUGGGUUCUUUAAACCGAUUAAUUUCACAGUGUCUAAGGUGAAUUAUAACGGGCAGUCGCAGAGUCAGAAUAGUGCUGUUAAUGUGCCGAAGAAAGUGGAGUCUAAGACGGAUUUGACGCAAUCGGAUGCAAGUAGAGAGAACCUCUUCGAUAUGCAGGUGGAGCAAGCCAACAUCACCCACUUGCCGCUACCAGCCGAAGCACCAUCAGCUACAGAACCACCUACAACAACUACAAGCACAACGCUAGCAAAUCUGCCCGACUACGGAGACACGGACGACUACGCAGACUACAACGACGACCUGACGCAAGAGGAUGACGCAGAUCUAAAUCCUACAGGAUCGCCGUCGCAGAGGAACCUGGUUAUACCCGCGGUGGUCGAGAAGAAAUCGCCUAAAGUGGUGAGUCAGACGUCCACGACUCAGAAGCAGCAUAUAAUAAUUGAUCCGUUGGAGGAUGUGGAUGCAACGGUGCAUCAGAGCAAAGGAGAUUUUCCGGAAGAUGGUACUAUUCUUCAUCCAGGGCAAAGUAUUCCAGGAUCGCCAGGCUACCAAAUUCCACCAGGCUUCAGAGGAAAAGUCAAGGCCAUCGCCAAUGGACCCAACACCUACGCCAUUGGCAAGAAUUCUCAAGCACAGAGCGUCACACUAUCCCCAGGAAGCGGCAGAAUCUUCUACAAAAAACCAAUCUACGCAGUGUCUACAAGGACACUAUACAAAAACGGAAACUACGGCACUGGAUUCUCCUACCAACCCAUUUACCAACCCGUCCAAUACAAGGUUAAAAGUGGUUCAGUUUUACCCAAUUUCGUGUCAGUCAGUAAGUCAGAGUCGGGUUCGCAAAACCUACAAACAGGCAAGAAGACUCCAAACGUUUAUUAUACUCAGAGUUCCUCCUGCGGGAUGUUUACCAACUCUUGCGUUUAUGUCGACGGGAAGAAAACAUGUUUCCCUGUGAGAAAAACAAAUCCUGAUGGAAGUUUGAUGAGCUGUUGAAAGUACUUUUGAAUUAAACAGUGUUACGACUGAAUAUUUGUCAAAAUUUUAUUUACGUAUCUACUUAAUAAGCGUGCCAUAAUAUAACGAUGCUUCUUCUGCAUGAAAUCUACAAAUCUAAGUGAAUAUAGAUAGGAUGUGUGGAGGAAAUAUUAAGAAUGAUGGGAUAUCAUCUUAAAAUUUCAAAUACAAAGCAUGUAAAAAUGCCAUGGAGUUAGCUUAUAUUAAGUUUCUAGGUGUUUUAUAUAACUUAACAAAUUGUCAAAAAUUCUAGAAAUAUAUAGUAUAUACAGGAUAGUCCGAACUGUA